UGUAAACAAUUUUUUCCUUGUCCUUCAUGUGUUUUUAUUUUCACAUUCUAGUUAACGUUUUUUAUCAAAAUAAACGAACAAAUGGUCGACGUUAAUGUUGCAAAGUAUUUCUCAGCUUUAGAGACUCUGAAACUCACAGAUGACGAAGGGGUUGCAGGAAAUAACCUUGGUGUUAACCGAAGGCAUCGCUUGGAACUCAAUAUUUCAAUACUGCAGAAGUUAAUACCAGCGGAAGUAAACGUAUUACUUGAGGAAAUUCUAGUCACACUUAAUGCUCAGUGGUUGGAAAAUGAGUUGCAAUUUCAUCCUCUUCAUAUCGCUAAUGAAGACAAAGAGCUCACCUAUGUCGCAUAUAUGCAAUUUAUGCUACUCCAAAUUAUAGACAGUGUUGCCUUCAACAGCGAAGCUAAAGAAGAUCUCAUAUCGACGCAUCACCUGAACCAAUGUAUUGAAGCAGUACAGGAUGUGGCGACACAUGCCUUACAUGGGCAGUUACAUAGCACAUUCUAUGAAGCAAGCGUUUUUAAAGAUAAGGGCGCAUCAAAAAGUAGUUGCAGUAAUCCUGCUUUACUUCUAUUAUCCAUAGAAGUAUUUGAGCGCUUCUUAAAAAUCAAGCAAUUUCAUAUGGCAAACGCGAUGGAGACGGUGAUGCGGGAUUACAUGGCAGCAAUAUUCAGUUUGCGUUUGGCAAAUAUUAUGCAAGAAUUUUCACUGCAGGAACAAUCGCUUAAGGUGUUGCAAAACAAACUCAAUUAUAUUUGGCUAUAUGUAACCAAAGUGGAAUACAUGCGCAAUAUAAUGCUGAUGAAGGGCAUACCACGUGCGCCAACUGACUUGCAAAAGCAACUGCAUCAAGAACUCAUACAAAAACUGCUAUCCAAAGAUGGAUUCACAACGUUGGUUGCAACUUUACAUACGGCACAAAGUGCACAAUCCACUAGAGCUGAUGAGAGCAGAGCGUUGCAAACUGAGAAGCAAGUUUUUGAGAUUAUUUCUAAUAUAGUCGCUUUCCGUGGUCAUACGCAACGCGCACAAAGCGUACUGAUAAGACAAGUAUUUAAAUUUCUUGAUACUUGCUUAUUAAAUGAAAGUGCGAUGAUCGACUGUAUGGGCGCUGGGCUGUUAUCACUUCGUCGCCUCUACGAUUUAAGCGCAGUAAAUAAGUCUGAGAUAAGCGAAAUUUUUGCAAAUAAUCUUGCUAAAUUAAGUCAACCGACAGACAUACUUAGCGGCCUGAUUGUUUUGGAACAUAGAGAUCUAGCGUUGCUCAUCGCCGCAACAUAUCAACUUUUCUGCAGUUCAACAGUUGAAUGUCUACCCAGUGAAUUAUUGAUUCCUUAUCAGCCGCUAUUUUUGCAAAUGUACUAUCAUAUGCCGGAUGGAUUUCUGCAAAAGAAACAACUUGCAAGCAUUGUAGUGCGUUGUCUACACAAUCGUACAAAUGAUGAGUUGAAAGAAAUUAUAGCCAAAUUGUAUAAGCAAACAUUUGAUAGCGAUUGGCAUCGGCUGCAUCCACGCAUAAUUAUCUAUCCUAAUGCCGAGCAAACCCAACUUACUGUAAAAAUAGGCAGCAUCGAUGUAAAACAAGAAUUUAGUCCCUCAUUAGCGUUGCCAGAGCUACUAAUGAAUACUGAACACCACCAGCUCACCUAUAGAAUAUUCAUGAUUUUAUUGCACCAAAUGUCGCUCACCUUAGCUGACGAUGGUCUCGCCCAACAAGAAACGCAAAUCGAGUUGUUGGAAACCGAGGAAGAGUUACUUGCAUUCCUUAACUCCAAAUACCCGGUAAAGGUAGAGAUUUUACUCUCCCUUAACACACUUAUAUCGCAUCAACCGCUUAAGGCGCAAAUUUCGGAAAAUACCGUCGAAUUUUUACGCUUCCUACGCACAUUGCUGCAGCAACGUUUAAGCAAGCGCAAUGCGGCUAAUAUCAGCAGCCAACAAACUGAAGCUAUGGAUCAAACAUUACUUAUUUUACUCACCCUCACCCAAGAGCUACUUGAACAAACACAAAUUCCUGAAACUUACCGAGACUUGGUGCCCGCACUCCGUCAGCUGCAAACGCAAUCGCCCAACCAGCUUAUACAUGAGCGUAUUAAAUGUCUAAUCUCGCUGCUUAGUGGCGAAUUAAAAGCAAAUGCUGCACAGCAAUCGAGCGCCUUUAAUACAGGGCGCGCCCUAAUCGAAUCCAAGGAGUCUCAUAUGCAGGUCUAUGGCAUACAAAUGUUUUUAGAUUUG